AUUCAAAAAUAUUAAUCUCUUCCAUAUAAAAAUCAUCACCGCUAUCAAAUUAGGGCUGUCUCAAGCUCAGGCUCCCUAUUUUCCUCCUCUUCUUCUUCUUCUUCUUCUUCUUCAUCAUUUUCAUCAUCUUCAUCACUUCACUCUUCACUUCACUCUUCACUUACUUCUCCCUAAUUCCCAAACUCUCUUUUCCCUGUCGCUGGAUCGACCAUUUCUUCUCAGUUUAAUGGGGAUUCUCUUAUCAUGGAAGGUUCCUUCGUGAGAAAUGGAUUCUUUACCAUGGCUUGGUUUGCCCCACGAGCUAAGUUUUCUAAAUGUACUAACAGUGAUGGACCACGUUGACGGAGAUAAAUGUUAGGGAUGGUAAAGUUAAUUCUUAGCCAGCAAUCAUAGUGCCUUUCUCUAGCUUAUAAAGGUUAUGCCGGUUAUGGAAGCCGAUAAAACUGACCCCAUUCGUGCUGAAGAACUCAAAUCCCAAGCAAAUGAAGCAUUUAAAGCCCACAAGUAUGCGCAAGCAAUUGAUCUUUAUACACAAGCAAUCGAGUUAAAUGGUCAGAAUGCUGUAUACUGGGCAAACCGUGCGUUUGCACAUACUAAAUUGGAGGAAUAUGGUAGCGCAAUCCAGGAUGCAUCAAAGGCCAUAGAAAUAGACCCUAAAUAUUCAAAAGGUUAUUACCGGAGAGGUGCUGCUUUUCUUGCUAUGGGGAAACUCAAAGAGGCACUUAAAGAUUUUCAACAGCUCAAAAAGAUCUGUCCCAAUGAUCCUGAUGCUGCUAAGAAAUUGAAGGAAUGUGAAAAGGCAGUCAUGAAGCUUAAGUUUGAAGAAGCAAUUUCUGUACCUGAAUCUGAGAGGCGUUCAGUAGCAGAUUCCAUUGAUUUCCAUCUGAUAGAUGUUGAGCCCCAGUAUACUGGUGCUAAGAUAGAAGGAGACGUUGUCACACUUGAUUUUGUGAAGAAGAUGAUUGACGAUUUUAAAAAUCAGAAAAGCCUGCACAAACGAUAUGCAUUCCAAAUUGUUUUGCAAGUGAGAGAAAUCAUGCGUGCCCUUCCAUCUCUUGUUGAUAUUAAUAUUCCAGAGGGCAGACAUUUAACCGUUUGUGGAGAUGUGCAUGGCCAGUUCUAUGAUCUCUUAAAUAUCUUUGAGCUUAACGGGCUUCCAUCAGACGAAAAUCCAUACCUCUUUAAUGGAGACUUUGUGGAUAGGGGUUCAUUUUCUGUGGAGGUCAUUCUCACCUUGUUUGCAUUCAAGUGCAUGUCUCCAUCAGCGAUGCAUUUGUCCAGGGGAAAUCAUGAGAGCAAGAGCAUGAAUAAGAUUUAUGGCUUUGAGGGUGAAGUUCGGUCUAAGUUAAACGAAACAUUUGUGGAACUAUUUGCAGAAGUAUUUUGCUCCUUACCUCUUGCUUAUGUUCUUAAUGAGAAGGUUUUUGUUGCUCACGGAGGUCUUUUUAGUGUCGAUGGGGUAAAACUCUCUGAUAUUAGAGCGAUAGAUCGGUUUUGCGAACCUCCUGAAGAAGGAUUGAUGUGCGAAAUCCUGUGGAGUGAUCCACAACCCAAUCCUGGAAGAGGACCUAGUAAACGAGGUGUAGGUCUUGCCUUUGGUGCAGAUGUCACAAAAAGAUUUUUGCAGGAGAAUAACUUGGAUUUAAUUGUGCGAUCCCAUGAAGUCAAGGAUGAAGGGUAUGAGAUCGAGCAUGAUGGUAAACUCAUUACAGUAUUUUCUGCUCCCAAUUAUUGUGACCAGAUGGGAAAUAAAGGAGCUUUUAUUCGCUUUGAAGCACCAGAUAUGAAGCCCAACAUUGUAACCUUCUCAGCGGUGCCACAUCCUGAUGUGAAACCAAUGGCAUAUGCUAACAAUUUCCUUCGGAUGUUCCAAUAGCUGCACAAAAGAUAUCCAUGUUGAACCAGUUUCAGCUUGCUUAACAUGAUGAAGUUCGAUUUGGCUUCAUGUUUUGCCAUAAUGAAGCUUCCGUUGUAAUUGUUUGUGGAUGGUGCUUCUUUCCAACGUUUUCAAACAGUUUAGUUGGAUAUUGUCCGCAAGUGUUCCAAAUCAAGUAUUGAUGCAUAGUUUUCUCAGUUUACAUUUGUUUGAUACGCCACUCCAUAUUGUUUACAAAGUAGGAAAAGAAAACCUUUUUUACCAUGAAGUACCCACCCUAUGUUCUUCACUGUCCUUUUUUCCCUCAGUUGGAGCAACAUUCACAAUUCCCCAAGGGUUUGAACUUUCCUUAUUGUUGGAGCAACAAAAUUCUAUUUGUACUUAUUGUUGAUAUUGGCUUCCUUUUUGCGGAGCCUGAAAUCAUGUCAAGUAGGUUGGAAGAAUUUUGUUUGGCAAUGUGUUGAAAGAGUGCUAUAAAUUAAUUGUUCACAUACAAAA